GCACGCAUGGAGGCCGGAGCAGAGCGCCACGAGUCGAGUUGUUGAGCAGCAGCAGUCCUUCCCUAGACUCCCCGUCUCUUCCACCCGCCCCCCUCACCGCCGCCUACAACCGCUUCACGUGCCCUAAUCCUCGGCAGCUCUUCCUCCUUUUCCAUCCAUUCCCCAGAUGGAGCCCAAGAAGUCCUCCUCUCCUCAGCCCCAGCCCCGUACUACGGUGACCAAGAAGUCGUCACCUCCCCGCGCCGCCGCCGACACCGUCGCCGCCGGAGCCGAGUCGCCGUUGAGCAGCCUGUUCCACCCGAUGUCGCAUGGGGUGAACAGCAAAGAGCAGGAUUUGUACUCCAUUCUUUUCAAAGGGCAGAACGGGAGUGCUCAGGCUAGCGUUGCAGGUAAUGGUAAAUCUCAGUGGAGUCCUGCUAAAAGAUACGCCAAGGAUAACAAACACUCGUGUGACCCGGUUGAUACGUCGUCCUGUUUUGGUUCUUCUGUGCACUAUGGUGGUCGAGACUAUUAUGGCAGCUGCUCAGCACCUAAGCAAGCCACGGAAUACAAUGAUUAUAAGGUGGAUAAUAAGGAUCCCACCACUGAUUCUCAUGGAGACUGGUGGCAAGGCUCGUUUUACUACUGAUAAAGCUUGGUGGCCUCUCCCUGGUCAAACAAGGAAAUCGAAGGGAGGAUGUGUUGAAGCUGGUUUCCUUAAUAGUAUUGGUAACCUCUACAUAGUAUAGUCACAUUCGCUCAUCAGUGGUGGCAGUAUUUGGAUGCAUCAUCACUCCUGAGAAGAUGUAGUGUGUGCCUUUACCUUUUCCUUCCAUAGCUUGUGCUUUAGUUUUCGCAUGUAAUGAACCUACAAGCAACUAAGGGUUAGCUCUUGGUUUGCAUAAAGGGUCCUUGUUUCAUUCUGCCAAACCUGGUCAGUGUGGUCUCUGACUCCUACAUGGCAAACCUAUCUUUCUUAUACUGUUGGAUCCUCGCUCCAGACCAGAAGUGCUGGAGAAGCAGAGAUCAUUUGCAUUGUAAAACUGUACUCCUGGAAUUUCAUAGAAGUUUCAAAAAGGAUUGUUCUCAAUGUCUUUAUACUAAUAUAAAAGACUUAAUUGGUGGCCGUGGUCCAUCACUUGUAGACA